UUUUUGAAAUAAUCGUUGUCUUGUCGUUUACAAAGACGUUAAAAAUAAACAAGCGUGGAAACGGUUAGAUUUAACCUUAGCGCUUCGUUGGUUUAUUUCAAUUGAAAUCACCGCAAUAAGUUUCAUGACUAGUUGACUCGAGACUUGCGGUUUUAUUUCGUUUCACGGGCUAAUUGAGGAAUUAGAAAGUGUUGUUAAAAAUGGAUGCUUUCACGGAGAAUAUCCUAGCGAGGGCUAGGGAGCGUCAGCGACUCCUUCAGGGUUAUUCUGGACAAGAAAAUCCUACCCGCCUGAGGGAUAUAAAUAAAAAUACGUCUUCAGAGCCCAAUCUCUCCGAAGUCAUUUCAUUACCUCGUAAAGAGGUAGCUUCUGACCCUAACUUACCUUCAAAACUAAGCCCUGUUGAUUCUCCCAGUAAAGGUAACACUCCAAAGUUCUUUAGGCAAAAUUCUUUAACCAAGGUUACAUCAGAUAUGCCUAGCAGCCCUGCAAGUCAGGCAAAAACUUUAAAUAUACAGCGGGAUAAUUUUAAUAUGGAAAUAAAGGUGACUUCGGCUGAGAAUAUUCGCGUACAAGUUGAAAUUGAGGAACAGGAUGAUAGUAUUGCAGAUAGCAACAUCAGUGAUGCUGGCAGUCACUGCAGUGAGAGUGGCCUUAGAGAGGAGUCAAAAAAUAGACUCAAGAGGCUAGGAAAAUUGUACGCUGGUGGUGAUGAUGCUGACAUUUCUUCCCCUAUUCAUAGAACAGAGGCGAAGUUUUAUGAAGGUUUGGAAAAUACACAAAGUGUUUCGACUAGCGAUAAAAUUGCUAACACAAAACCCAAGAAAGGGUUAAGCAGGCUUGCUGACCUUGCUGAUAAAAUAAAUCAUUGGGAAGAUGAUCUGAGUCACCCUGUUCCUCAGGCAGAGAAACAGGCGAGUUCAUCGCGUAAAACCGUAAAAGCACCCGCUCCCCAACCCCCCAUAAAAUCUCCCUUGAAGAAUCAGAAGUCAAAAGCACCAAGUCCUCCGAUAUUGAAUUUGAGUCCUAAAAAGGACUCGGGCAUUCCCACGGCGUCGGGGAGCCCUACAAAGGGCGCAAGAAGUCCUACAAAGAGUGCGGUAAGCCCUACAAAGGGCGAUGCACAGUGCAUUGGGGUCACACCAAAAAAAUUGAACUGGGAUAAGUCGGUGUUAGACAACUUGGAAUCGCAGGGCUUUUCACGUACGACCUCCUCUUCGCGCCUAGUGUACUCCUAUAAUGAUUCGCAGGGGGGUUCGACUACCGCCCCGGGGGCACAGGCCGAGCAGAAUCCUCAGUCAGUAACCAAGUCGGAUGCCAUAGCCAAACGGGCGGCCAUGUUCGAAUCGAAACCGACGAGUCCGGCGAAACCGCCCAGAGAUCCCGCCAUGUUGAGCGUGUCCGAACGUAAAGCGUUGUUCGAAAAGAACAAGGGCGGAGCCCUGGUGCCCAAAGCGGCUUUCGGCAUGUCCGCCCCCGUCAAAGUAGACACGACCAUGAAAGCAUGCGAGAGCAAAUUUAUCGGGGCGCAAAAAGGCAUUAAUAAGGAGAACGAGCCGAAAGUGUCGGAGAAGAGGGUGAUUUUCGAAAAAUCGGACCCCGUCGUGACUCGAGGGACCUCGAAACCGAAGCAGCCGGCGCCGAAACCGCCUCCGCAGCCCGUGAAUCACGCCACUACCGCCGUCGUUCACCAAGCGGGUGGCAUCGCUAGCAAAAUGGCCGCGCUCUUGGAGAACAAGUCCACGAUAUCCGAGGAGCAGAUCGCGAACAAGAUCAGGGAGGAGAGGCGCAAGGAGAUGGACCUGUUGUUGAACCGCUUCAAUAAAAACAAGGGGACGAUCGAGUCCGAUGAAAUCCGAGAGGUUUCCGAUGAAUCCGAACCGGACGACGAUGCCGACGUCGUGGACGAACGUACCGCCAUGAUCAAGGAGAAACAACCGACGGUGGUGAAGAACGUACCAAAAUCGGCGGAGAAGAGGAAGAGCGGCGACACCAACGGAGCAAAAGCGGACAGUCCGCAUGUAAUCUCGGUCUUGGAGGACGUCAAACGGAUAAAAGUAUCUCCUCCAAAAGCCGGGAGAUUGUAUCCUAAUUUGUCCGACAUCGAGGGUACCACCACCGAAGCCGAAACCCGCUCGCCAUCUCCCGACGACGAUGAUGACGAAAACAAUACCAGCGACGGGGAUAACCGGUACGAUUCGGACGACCCGAAUACCAGUUUCGGGCGGGACAUACUGCAGGCGGUUAUCAAAAAUCACGCGUCCCCCAAGCGGUUGCCAUACCCGGACAGUACCGGCAGCGAGAAUUCCAGUCUCGCCUGCGAACUAGACGAAAUUCUGGAAGAAAUGGAGGACGACAUGAGUAGCGCUGGACCGACGCCGCCCAAACAAGGGCGGCACGUUUCGCCUCCGUCCCAGCAUAGGGCGCAGCCUUCGAAUUCGUUCCAUUACAAGAGCUUCAAUUCGUCGGUGUCGUCGGCAGGACCGAAAAACUCUAGCUUUCAGUCGCCGAUGAAGACGGUUGUCAACACGCCCAGGCAGUCGACAGAGCUCCCUCUCGUGGUGGAUGGCGACAACGUCAUGUCGUUGACCCACACGGUCAGCUUUUACCGCAAACAGCAGAACGAGGUUCACACACCGGCUCGUAGACAAAUAGUGAGGCAACCGCCAAUAGAAGAAACGUUAACAGAGUGUGGCGGUGGCGAUAGCGACGAGAUCCAACGCAAAAUUAAAGAUUUGCAAGACGAGGUUAACAAGCAGCAAAACAUCAUUUCGCAGACAAGCCAAGCGCUGAACCUGUGCAGCAGCACUCCCGAGUUUUCCGGCUCGACCGAGCAGGUGGAAGCUGAAAGAGUUCUCCUCGUGGCUACGCACAGACGUCAGGCCGCCCUCCACGAACUACAAAGGCUUAGGGUGGAGGGUACGCUCCGCCCCAGGAAGGAGCACUCGCAGGAUUUGCCCCUGGAGAAGGGUACUCUGACCAUCUCCAACAUAGUGCUGCCGCUGCAGCAGAAAUACGUCACGGCUUUGGCCGCAGCUGGAGGCAAGGGUCACCACGUGGUAUGCCUAAUCAAAUGCGGCGAGCAGGUGGCGUCCACCAAGCUCGUCUCGACCGUCGCCACGAGUUCGAAAAAUCCCGAUGUCGACCUGUACAUCCCCGGUUCAGUGACGUUGAAAAAUAUUUACAGCGACUUUACCGUCACGUUCGAGGUGUACUGUCUGCAAGCUCACGAGGAGUGCCUGCCUCACGAGGUCAAGUACCACAUUCACAAAAAGGGUUCCAAGGGCGUGACGACUCCGAAGAAGGGCAAGCAGGAGUCCAGGCUGCUCAGGCCUCCUAAGGAGUCGCCGGGAGGCCCACAAGCUGUCAGGACCUCGUCGUUCGCGAUGAUGGGCUACGUGGUGUUCUCGGUUCGGGCGGUCAACAAGAAGGUGUGGAGUUUGAACAACACGCCGUCGCUUAGUCCGCUGGAAGGUAGCGUGGAAAUGAAAAUAAGCUGCGAGCUGGCGGUAUCGAUCGAACACAGAGGCUUCCUGACGAUGUUCGAAGACGUAUCGGGCUUCGGGGCAUGGCACAGGAGGUGGUGCCUGUUGAAGGGCCACUCGCUCAGUUACUGGAAAUAUCCGGACGACGAAAGAACGAUGGCCCCCAUAGACACCAUCGACUUGAGCGGGUGCGUGACGAAACACGUGGGGCCCGUCAGCCGCGACAUCUGCGCAAGACUGCACACGUUUCUGUUGGAGAGGGAAAGGAGGGCGUAUCCGCAGGACAAGGAUUCGCUCGUGACGGUUUGCAAGGGGGACAAGACUGUGAUAAGGCAUUUGUUGUCGGCCGAUACGAAAGAGGAAAGGAUCGAGUGGUGUUACAAGCUGAACGCUGCACUGACGGCCAUUCGGACAUGGGGCAGUUCCCAAUAGGUGCUCGUCUGUGACGUCACCGAAGCCAGCAUUAUGACAUUUAAUCCGCUUUUAUUUUUAUUAAUUGAAGCAUACGCAAUUUUUUGUUAAACACAAUAUUAACUUAUGACCUGAGUUUUUAUACAUUUGAAGAUAAUGUAAUCAUUUACCCUUACCUUUUAUACAAUUAAAGAUUUUAUUUAAACCAA